UUCAACAAUGGUAUCUUUGAGGCUCAGUUUUAAACUCUGCUCUGUCAAUUUUGCGCAAACAGCUGUCUCUCAAAAAUCUAUACAAUCUGUGGCGCGACCUCGUUUCCGGCUUUUGACGUUUGUCGAAUCGAAGUUGACUGAAAAUCUUUAUUGAUUGCGCUGAAAAGUAAUUUAUGAUACAAAACGAGCAGAGUUAACGCGGGAGUGUGGUGAUGUUUGAUUAGCGUUAAGUGAAACGCCUGAAGCGGGGUGUGAACCGCGCAGGCAGGCGCCGUAGCGCGGUUGUUAUAAGUUGUAGAGUUCGUGCUACUCGGGCGGGAUGUGCCAGUGAGCCCUCAGGGCUUUGGGGGCAGGCUGUCGGGGAUGGCAGCGGACACGGGCGGCGCGGCGCCGCAGGCGGGCGCGGGCGCUGGCGGCGCCAGCCCCGAGGAGACGCUGGAGUCGCUGCUGCGAGAGGCAGAGGCGCUCAAACAGAAGUUGGAGGAGGAACGGCAGAAGCUUAACGAUGUCACGCUCGCAAGUGUGGCUGAACGCCUGGAGGCCAUCAAUUUCCCCAACCUGAAGCCGAGGCGGGUCCUCAAGGGCCACCAGGCCAAGGUGCUCUGCUCUGACUGGUCACAGGACAAACGCCAUAUUGUCUCCUCCUCCCAGGAUGGCAAGGUGAUCAUCUGGGACGCAUUCUCAGCAACCAAGGAGCUGACUAUUGCUAUGCCCAGUACUUGGGUCAUGGCUUGCGCCUACGCCCCUUCAGGAAACAUGGUGGCUGCGGGCGGCCUCGAUAACAAAGUGACAGUGUUUCCUCUCGGAGAAGAAAACAAAGAAGAAGGCGCCACUCGCAAGCGCACCGUCGCGACGCACACUUCAUAUGUCUCAUCUGUUCUGUUCCCGCGCACGGACAGACAGCUAUUGACUGGAUCUGGGGAUGGUUCUGCUGCGCUAUGGGACGUGGAAUCGGGACAAUUACUGCAGACCUUCCAGGGUCACGCAGCCGACGUGCUGGCGCUGGACCUGGCGCCGUCCGACACGGGCGACACGUUCGCGUCCGGCGGCGCCGACCGCGCCGUGCUGGUGUGGGACAUGCGCUCCGGCGCCGCCGUGCAGGCCUUCGACACGCAUCGCUCCGACGUCACCAGCGUGCGCUUCCACCCGGGGGGAGACGCUUUAGCCACGGGCGCGGACGACGCGGCGUGCCGCCUGUUCGACCUGCGCGCGGACCGCGAGGUGGCGCGCUACGCCAAGGACUCCAUCAUCUUCGGCGUCAACAGCGUGGACUGGUCGCUGUCCGGCCGCCUGCUGUUCGCCGGCUACAGCGACUACACGGCCAGCGCCUGGGACGCCCUGCGCGCGCAGCGCGUGUGCGUGCUGUGCGGCCACGAGCACCGCGUGGCGCGCGUGCAGCUCGCGCCCGACGGCGCCGCGCUCGCCACCGCCUCCUGGGACUCCACGCUCAGGGUAAGCGGCCCUCUUGUACUGUGUGCGUGCUGUGCGGCCACGAGCACCGCGUGGCGCGCGUGCAGCUCGCGCCCGACGGCGCCGCGCUCGCCACCGCCUCCUGGGACUCCACGCUCAGGGUAAGCGGCCCUCUUGUACUGUGUGCGUGCUGUGCGGCCACGAGCACCGCGUGGCGCGCGUGCAGCUCGCGCCCGACGGCGCCGCGCUCGCCACCGCCUCCUGGGACUCCACGCUCAGGGUAAGCGGCCCUCUUGUACUGUGUGCGUGCUGUGCGGCCACGAGCACCGCGUGGCGCGCGUGCAGCUCGCGCCCGACGGCGCCGCGCUCGCCACCGCCUCCUGGGACUCCACGCUCAGGGUAAGCGGCCCUCUUGUACUGUGUGCGUGCUGUGCGGCCACGAGCACCGCGUGGCGCGCGUGCAGCUCGCGCCCGACGGCGCCGCGCUCGCCACCGCCUCCUGGGACUCCACGCUCAGGGUAAGCGGCCCUCUUGUACUGUGUGCGUGCUGUGCGGCCACGAGCACCGCGUGGCGCGCGUGCAGCUCGCGCCCGACGGCGCCGCGCUCGCCACCGCCUCCUGGGACUCCACGCUCAGGGUAAGCGGCCCUCUUGUACUGUGUGCGUGCUGUGCGGCCACGAGCACCGCGUGGCGCGCGUGCAGCUCGCGCCCGACGGCGCCGCGCUCGCCACCGCCUCCUGGGACUCCACGCUCAGGGUAAGCGGCCCUCUUGUACUGUGUGCGUGCUGUGCGGCCACGAGCACCGCGUGGCGCGCGUGCAGCUCGCGCCCGACGGCGCCGCGCUCGCCACCGCCUCCUGGGACUCCACGCUCAGGGUAAGCGGCCCUCUUGUACUGUGUGCGUGCUGUGCGGCCACGAGCACCGCGUGGCGCGCGUGCAGCUCGCGCCCGACGGCGCCGCGCUCGCCACCGCCUCCUGGGACUCCACGCUCAGGGUAAGCGGCCCUCUUGUACUGUGUGCGUGCUGUGCGGCCACGAGCACCGCGUGGCGCGCGUGCAGCUCGCGCCCGACGGCGCCGCGCUCGCCACCGCCUCCUGGGACUCCACGCUCAGGGUAAGCGGCCCUCUUGUACUGUGUGCGUGCUGUGCGGCCACGAGCACCGCGUGGCGCGCGUGCAGCUCGCGCCCGACGGCGCCGCGCUCGCCACCGCCUCCUGGGACUCCACGCUCAGGGUAAGCGGCCCUCUUGUACUGUGUGCGUGCUGUGCGGCCACGAGCACCGCGUGGCGCGCGUGCAGCUCGCGCCCGACGGCGCCGCGCUCGCCACCGCCUCCUGGGACUCCACGCUCAGGGUAAGCGGCCCUCUUGUACUGUGUGCGUGCUGUGCGGCCACGAGCACCGCGUGGCGCGCGUGCAGCUCGCGCCCGACGGCGCCGCGCUCGCCACCGCCUCCUGGGACUCCACGCUCAGGGUAAGCGGCCCUCUUGUACUGUGUGCGUGCUGUGCGGCCACGAGCACCGCGUGGCGCGCGUGCAGCUCGCGCCCGACGGCGCCGCGCUCGCCACCGCCUCCUGGGACUCCACGCUCAGGAUCUGGGCGUAAGCAGCAUUCUUCUCUUCCCGGUGUUGAUAUUUAUUCCAAUACGUAGUUAGAGUAAGCGGCCCCGGCCAUCGUGCAAUGUAACAUAAUAUACGUGUGUAGGACGGUCGGCGGUUGUGCCCAAAUGUCAGUCAAGUUAAAAAAAUAACACACGUAUAUCCCUUAAGUCCAUAGCGGCAACAUAUUUGACGUUAUACUUAAAACAAAAACGCAUCUCUACAAUAAGACUUACGGUUCAAAAUCGAGUGACUAGUAAGGAAUGUCAAAUGGUUUAAGGUUUAUUACAAUUUAAAAGUAUACCAAUGAAAUUGUAUACAAUAGUGAUCUAAUCAAGCUUUUCAAUCUCGUACCUUACUUAGGCAACUCAGCAAGCUUGUUGUCUAAACACGGUUCUCGACUGAAAAGCUCACUUGUAUUAAAUACUAUUAGCCCUAGCGUUAAAAUACUAAUGUACUUAAGAAAGAUUUAAGAGUCCUUAUUCCUACAGACGAGCGUAUUUUGUAAAAUUCUUCCUUUUUCAUUCAAGAUUACGACGUAACUAUUAGUAUUUAUUCAAAAACUGGUAACGUACUUAAAUAAUCGUUUCCUAAACUAGCGGCUCCAACAGUUCAAAUUUUCAUUUUCUCUUUUAAACCUCUUUUUUAAUGAGUUUUUUUGGGAGUCUUUUCCAAAUUUUCCAGUGAGAUGUGGCGUUUCGGUUCUCAAUUUUGCUGUAAACAAGAAUCAUUUGGUACAUGAAUGACUACAAUUUGAUUCAACAUAUCUCGUACGAGGGGCUGGAAUGAUGAACAAUCGAAGAUUCAUUUGAAAAAACUGAUAAAAUACCUUCCGAGUUUUCUUCAUUUUUUUGACGAAAACAGGGUUUUAUUAUAUUUUUUUUCCGCAAAUUGUACGCAUAUUUUGCUUUAAAAAUAAUAUUAUAGCAAACUGUAACUUUAUGUUAACCUAUAAAAAAAAAUCGUAACUAUGGGACCUACAUUGCCGUAAAUUUAUAUUUUUUUAAAACACGUAUAAAUCACGCAGCAGCGACGCCCCGCUCUCAGUCCGCGCGGAGCGCGCUUAGAGGACGGACCUGUGCUCGAUUGUCAGGCAUUCGUUGCGAUCGUAAUCAGCUACGGAGUUCCGAGAAGUGCUAUAUACUGCGAUUAGAAAAUCUUAAUAAAAGUUCAUUUUUUACAGUAUGCCUAACAGACUCGCUUAUUGAUGGAUUUUCAGUGUUACUUUUUUUUUAAUACUAAGUCGGUGGCAAACAAGCAUACGGCCCGCAUAUGUACGCCUGCAACUCCAGAGGAGUUACAUGCGCGUUGCCGACCCUAACCCCCUCCCGCCCCUCGUUGAGCUCUGGCAACCUUACUCACCGGCAGGAACACAACACUAUGAGUAAGGUCUAGUGUUAUUUGGCUGCGAUUUUCUGAAAAACUCAUUUUCACUUGAAAUUACGUUAGGGUUUGCAUUAUUAUUUUUGACCCGGAUGAAGUCCAAGUUCUCAUGAUGGAGUCAGGAGUUGGUCACCAGAACUCCUAAUCUACUAAUUAUAAUCCCAUCGUGUUUGGGCUCAAAAGAUUUGCCCUGACGAACACCAUCGAUCUAGAUGAGGUCCAGGGUCUCAUGAUGGAGUCAGGAGUUGGUCACUAGAACUCCUAAUCUACUCAUUAUAAUUCCAUCGUGUUUGGGCUCAACAGAGUUGCCCUGACGAGCACCUUCAAUCUAGAUGAGGUCCAGGGUCUCAUGAUGGAGUCAGGAGCUGGUCACCAGAACUCCUAAUCUACUCAUCAUAACUCCAUCGUGUUUGGGUUCAAUAGAGUUGCCCUGACGAGCACCAUCAAUCUAGAUGAGGUCCAGGGUCUCAUGAUGGAGUCAGGAGCUGGUCACCAGAACUCCUAAUCUACUCAUCAUAACUCCAUCGUGUUUGGGCUCAAUAGAUUUGCCCUGAUGAACACCAUCGAUCUAGAUGAGGCCCAGGGUCUCAUGAUGGAGUCAGGAGUUGGUCACCAGAACUCCUAAACUACUCAUCAUAACCUCAUCGUGUUCGGGCUCAAUAGAUUUGCCCUGACGAGCAUCAUCAAUCUAGAUAAAGUCCAGGGUCUCAUGAUGGAGUCAGGAGUUGGUCACUAGAACUCCUAAUCUACUCAUUAUAAUUCCAACGUGUUUGGGCUCAAAAGAUUUGCCCUGAUGAGCACCAUCGAUCUAGAUGAGGUCCAGGAUCUCAUGAUGGAGUCAGGAGUUGGUCACCAGAACUCCUACUCUACUCAUCAUAACUCCAUCGUGUUUGGGCUCAAUAGAGUUGCCCUGACGAGCACCUUCAAUCUAGAUGAGGUCCAGGGUCUCA